CCAACUUAAUAAGUUGAUCAUCUACCCUACAUUAAUCGGUGAAAGCAAAGUGUUUUUAUAUUACUUCUCAAAAAAUAUAUUUUUUAAAAAAUAGGAGAAAGGAAGAAAAAUUUCUUAAAAGCAUGGGGGAUGUGUAUGAGGGUGAGGGGUCAUGUGAUUAGCUCAUCCAAACACUUGGACCUCUUUAGUUUCCACAAAAAAAUCUUCCCUCUAUUACUUUCUCUCACUAAAUCUUGCACUUACCAUCUUCAUUCUUCAUCAACAACUGCUCGCACCUUCAUACAUUCAUUCAUUGAUCAAGCGUUUUUCUCUUCUAAGAUUAAGCUGUUGAUUAGUGAUGCUGAAGCUUCGGUGACUAUGUUUGUGAGGAGGAGUCCAUGAGAACUUCUGAUGAUUAAUCAUAAAGAGAAAGAGAGUCAACUUUGAUUCUGUUGAUUUGUUACAAUGUGGACCUGUGCUUCAAGCACGAUAGCAGGCUGCACCAAGUCGAAGCAUGAUGAUUUAAAUCCAAACUUAGAGUGCUCAGAUGAUGAUGCAUCUAUUGAUACCAACCGAGAGGAAGGCUUGGAAUGUCCAAUAUGCUGGGAAUCCUUUAACCUUGUUGAAAAUGUUCCCUAUGUGCUAUGGUGUGGUCACACUCUGUGCAAGCACUGUGUCCUGGGGCUCCCAUGGGCUGCUCUGAAAUUCCCUACUCUACCAAUCCAGCUUCCAUUUGUCAUUACUUGCCCAUGGUGCAAUUUACUUUCUCCUCGGAUGAUUUACAAAGGUGCUAUUAGAUUCCCCCGUAAAAAUUACUUCAUUCUAUGGAUGGUUGAGAGUAUGAAUGGUGAUAGGACGAGGUCUUAUGCGUCUGCCAAUGGAGAAGUCCGCCAACCAGGCUCCUUUUCUGGAAAUACUGGUGUGAAUACUCAAUCCCAUCUCAGGAACCGUCGGGAUAUCCCACAUUCACCUGAGGGGACGACAGAGCCUCAUCACAACAUGAGCCUUGUUGGCCAGUACUUUAAUAGAGAGAGAUUCAACAUGUCACUCCGCAAGUCCUUGGCGUUUGUAGUUCACUUGACGGCUAAAUUCCCCCUUGUGGUUGUAUUCCUUCUUGUCACCCUUUAUGCAAUACCAGCAAGUGCUGCCAUCUUGGCCUUAUAUCUUCUCAUCACUAUUCUAUUUGCCUUCCCUUCUUUUCUUGUGCUCUACUUUGCAUAUCCCUGCUUGGAUUGGUUGGUUAGAGAAAUCCUCACCUGAACUCUAGAGAGCUUUCUGUAAAUCAUCAUUCUAUACCACUUGCCCUUUCCACGCUUCCUCAAUUUGCCGACUUUUGCUUGAAAGCAUCCACAGGAUUUAUCUAGAUUCUUGCUGUAGAAUUACACGAAACAAUAUGUGCAGGAAACCUGUACUUUGUUGAAAUUUGUGCUGCUGUUGGAUGUUUGGUACCUCAAAAUCUGGUGCUGUCUUCUAUGGAACCUUUGUAUAAAUUGUUUUGAGUUUUGACUUAUUAGAAAUGCUGAUUUGUGA